AUGAGCGACCGCGACGCACUCAUGCUUACAUUGAUCCGCGGCCUCGAAGGCGCCGCGACGGCUCUUGACGUGGUGGACGAUGAGACGCGCCAGCAGAUCGGCGCCCUGCUCUCGCCAAAGGCGCGACGGCUGCUCGCGGCGCUCACCGCUCCCGCGCCGCCACCGCUGACGGCCGACGCGGCCGACGAGCGCGCGCCCGCGGCACCGCCGACGGCCGACGCGACCGACGCGCCCGCGGCGGCGAGCGAGGAGGCCCCGGAGCCCCCCGAAAAGAAGCCCGCGGUCUUCGGCGUCCCCGCGGCCGCCUUCGUCGUCACCUGCUUCGACGAUCUGCCGGAGGACGCGCUCGGCGCCAUCGCGUCGUUCUCGGACAUCAAGACGCUCACCUGCGUCGCGACGUGCCGGGCGCUGCGCGACGCCGCGGCGAAGCUGUCGCCGCGGCUCGAGCAUUCCCUGGUGUUGAAGCGUUAUCCGUUGCUCGGGACCGUCGUGAGAUCGCCGGAGGGAGCGCCGGCGCCGGGCGAGCUCUUCAGCACGUACACGCGUUUCUUCGAGGGCCCACGCCGCCGCCCUACGAGACCAGAGCCGACUGCCGCCCUCGACGCGUACACUCUGUCGCUGGAGAUCGAACUAUAUAAGCCUGUCGAUGGGAGGCAAUCCCGCUGGGCCGAUGUCCCCGCGUCCGCCAUGGCGGAACGACAAUCGGUCUACUCGGGGACUGGUGUGCUACGCGAGCAGAGCUCUUCUCUACCAUGUUACGAGUUCCCGAUACCGGCAGGAGUGUUUGAACGUGUAGACGACCUCACGAGUAGAUCCUGGCGCUUGAGAGCGAAGGUCAUGGCUUCGCGUCGGGUCAGUGGGCGCUUGCAAUUCGCCAAGCUAUUUCAGGGCGGUGUGAUGGAUUGGGAUGAUGGUACGAUCAUAUUCGACUGGGAAGAAAUUCCGCCGAACCCCGAGAACGGAGGGGUCCUCUGGCAGUACCGCAACAUGGUUGAUUAUGACCUGUACGUCGACCCGCAAGUUCACCUCGUCUGGGCCCAGGAAAGUGGCGUCUUCGCGAACAGGCAGUCGAAGGUUGAAGCGCGUUUCAAACUCAUGACGGAAGGGGACACCUCCGACAUGUCCCUCUCCGACGCGUGCCUGUGUCUCGAGCACUACGUCGGAUGGUCCGAGUAAGAUUAUGAUGUUGC